AUGGCCAGACCGUACCAUGUGGUAGUGGUCCUAUUGCUGCUGGAAAGUUCCGUCAGGUUUGGAGAAGGAGCUUCUAAUCCUGGAGUUGUGGCCAGGAUCACCACAAAAGGCCUGGAAUAUGCAAACCAGUAUGCAGUGGCCACCCUGAGAAAGGAGCUGCUGGCCAUCAGGUUGCCUGACUUCUCAGGAAACUUCAAGAUUGGUUGGUUUGGACGGGUGAGCUACAAUUUUCACAGCCUGAAGAUCCAUCGCUUCGAGGUCCGAAACUCAGAUCUGAGUCUACUUCCAGGGCUGGGAAUCAGGGCUUCCCUGUCCAACAACGAUCUGUCUUUGGGUGGGAACUGGAAGGUGAAAAAAGGAUUCAUCAACCUGAAAGGCUCAUUUGAUCUGAAGGUGGAUGGCAUUUCCAUCUCAGUCUCUCUGAACUUGGGCAAGGACGAGACUGGACGACCCACUGCCUCCGUACACCACUGCAGCAACUCCAUUGGCCGUGUGAGCGUCCGCAUUUCUGGAAGCUUAAAGUAAGUGACCUCAGCACACUGGCUAGAGAUAGUGCUGCCACAGUAACAUGCUCAACCUUCAUUCAGCCCCUCUAACAGGCAGAAGAGCAAGAUUUCAAGGGUCUUCAGGAGCAGGAGUCCGUGGGCCAAAUUCAGCCUGCCACCUGUUUCUGUAAAUAAGAUGUUAUGGAAACAUAGCCACG